UGUGGGGGAAGUAGACGUGCGCUCUGCUUCGGCCAUGACGGAGGCGGCUUCGGCUGAGCUGGAGUCAGAGACUUUGCGGCUGAAGCGGCUCCGAGGCGGGGGCGGCAGCGGCGGAUUCUUCACGGUACCUCAAGGACACAGGCUGGGAAGAUGUCGAAGUGUGAAGGAGUUCGAGAAACUCAAUCGUAUUGGAGAAGGGACCUACGGCAUUGUGUAUCGUGCCCGGGACACCCAAACAGAUGAGAUUGUUGCACUGAAGAAGGUGCGGAUGGACAAAGAGAAAGAUGGGAUUCCCAUCAGCAGCCUGCGAGAGAUCACCUUGUUGCUGAAGCUCCAGCACCCCAACAUUGUGGAGCUGAAAGAAGUGGUGGUGGGGAAUCACCUGGAGAGCAUUUUCCUUGUGAUGGGUUACUGUGAGCAGGACCUCGCCAGCCUCCUGGAGAACAUGCAGGCUCCCUUCUCUGAAGCUCAGGUGAAGUGUAUCGUUCUCCAGGUUCUCAAGGGCCUUCAGUACCUGCAUGAAAACUUCAUAAUCCACAGGGACCUGAAGGUAUCCAACUUGCUCAUGACUGACAAAGGUUGUGUAAAAACGGCGGACUUUGGGUUGGCUCGUGCUUACAGGGUCCCCCUGAAGCCAAUGACUCCCAAAGUUGUCACACUCUGGUACCGAGCCCCUGAGCUGCUUCUGGGGACAAUAACACAGACCACCGCCAUAGAUAUGUGGGCAGUGGGUUGCAUCCUGGCAGAGCUGCUGGCUCAUAAGCCGUUGCUACCUGGGAGCUCUGAGAUCCAGCAGAUAGACAUGAUUGUGCAGCUUCUGGGCACGCCCAACGAGACCAUCUGGCCAGGCUUCUCCAAGCUGCCACUGGUGAGCCAGUACACCCUGCGCAAGCAGCCGUACAAUAACCUGAAGCACAAGUUCCCGUGGCUGUCGGAGGCUGGCCUUCGCCUCCUCAACUUUCUCUUCAUGUACGAUCCCAAGAAAAGAGCGACAGCUGGCGACUGCCUGGAGAGCUCCUACUUCAAGGAGAAGCCUUUACGUAAGUCUCUUGUAGCUUCCUUUCCCCACACUCAGGGCUGCUGCCACAACCUGAUUCAUCUUCUCCCUCUUUUUCCAGCCUGCGAGCCAGAGCUCAUGCCAACCUUCCCACACCAUCGCAACAAGAGGGCCGCCCCCAGUGUAGAGUGCACAGGCAAGCGCAGUCGGCCCUGA